GAACCCCGGAAGAAGUCGAUUUUCAGUGAAAACCCAAACAUUUGUGGCGUAGUUCGCGUGAUAGGACCUCGCCUGACCCACCUGGAGAGGUUCCGGAAACUGUUCGGCCCGUGCAGCCGCGCGUCUCCGUCCUUGGGCGCGAUGUUGAGUGCCCCUGCGGCAGACCGGAACAAGGAGCCCAUCCUGGAGGUGCUGCGGCAGAGCGUGCCCUCCGACAGACCGCUGCGCGCGCUGGAAAUCUCCUCCGGCACCGGACAGCACGUGACCCACUUCGCACGAGCCCUGCGGAACAUCACCUGGCAGCCCUCUGAGUACGAGCGCGAGUCCCUGAGCAGCAUCGAAGCCCACAGAGCUCACUACCAGCUGGACAAUGUGAAACCGGCCAUCUUCCUGGAUGCGUCUCUGCCACACCAGAGCUGGGGGGGCAUCCAGCUGGAGAGCCUGGAUCUGGUUCUCAACAUCAACAUGAUGCACAUCUCUCCCCUGGCAUGCACUGAGGGUUUGUUCAUAGGCGCUGCAGCCGUGCUGAAGCCGCAUGGUCUGCUGUUGACGUACGGGCCGUACGCAGUGAACGGGAAGAUCAGCCCCCAAAGCAACGUCGACUUUGACCGCAGUCUGCGGCACAGGAACCCAGAAUGGGGACUCCGGGACAUCUCACUGCUCAGCUCUUUGGCGCAGAACAACGGUUUGUUGCUGGAGAAGACGGUGGACAUGCCAGCAAACAACAAAUGUCUCCUGUUCAGGAAGGAGAGUGUGGUGUGAGCGUGUUUGGAGCUUCCUUGCUUGAUUUCCUCUAUCAGAUCACUCCGUGUGGUUCUCCCCCGUUGAAGAGGAAAGCUGCAGUUAUGUGACCUGUGUGUGCCAAUAAAAGACCUGAAGGUUACAACA